AACCAGCUGGUACUACUGUUCACGGUCACAAGAGUAGAGAGAGCGAGCACGCACGUGGUAUAUAAUCAACAACACUGCUGGCAGCAUGCUCCCAAUCGCCCCAACCCCUCCUCACCGAAACCGGGCGAGGACGGACGCCCAACCAAAACCCAGCCACGCCUUGCUCGCCUUCCCCGUCCCUGGCCAGUCCUUCUCGCUAUGUGACCAAUCAACCUGCUACCCAAAGACUUGGCAAGAGCCCGAGGCAAGUUUAGCUUCAGUAGCGAUGGAUUCCGUCAAGCCUGCCGCUCUCUCUACGUCGUCCAAGAGACGGGCCCUCGCCACCUCCCUGUGCUCGCUCGCCUGCCUCUUUCUCCUCUCCGCCGGCCUCCUUCUCCUUGCCGCCGGCUCGCGCCCGUUCCAGGCGGUCGCUCCGCAGUGGGACCGCUUCUCCAAGCUGGCGCAGCCCCCGACGUUGCCUCUUGACCGUGGUCGUCACGGUGAAGCGGUGGCAGCGCCGGCGCCAGACGCGGGCUCAGGCGAUCCUCAAGAGGAGGAUGCUGGACCGCCUGCACCGGCACCCGCACCGUCGGAGGAAGGGGAGGACGAGGAGGGAUGCAACAUGUUCGACGGGAAGUGGGUGCGAGACGCGGCGGGGUACCCCGUGUACGAGGGGGCGGAGUGCCCGUUCCUGAGCGACCAGGUGGCGUGCCGGCGCAACGGCCGGCCGGACUCCGACUACGAGCACUGGCGGUGGCAGCCCAGCGGGUGCGGCGGCCGCACGAGGCUGGGCGGCGCGGAGGCGCUGGAGCUGUGCCGGAACAAGCGUCUGGUGUUCGUCGGCGACUCGCUGAACCGCAACAUGUGGGAGCCGCUCGCCUGCAUCCUCUACACAGCAGUGCUGGACCGGUCGCGGACGCGGAUCAUCAACGACGCCGGCCUCGAGAUCUUCCGCGCCAUGGACUACAACUGCUCCGUGGAGUUUAUUUGGAGCCCGUUUCUCGUGAAGCUAGAAACAAAGGACGACCGGACCAGGGCGCUCAAGCUGGACCAGCUGCCGGACACGAUGCCGCGGACGCUGGGCGCGGACGUUCUGGUCUUCAACACCGGCCACUGGUGGACUCACACCGGCAAGCUCAGGGCGUGGGACCAUCUCGAGAGGGACGGGAAGAUGGUCGACAUGGCAGGUGAAGAAGCCUUCAACAGAGCACUGAGGACCUGGGCUAGAUGGGUUGAUCACAAUGUCGACCGGGGCAGAACAAGAGUCUUCUUCCGGAGCAUCUCCCCUGAACACAAGAGUGUGAACGGGUGCUACAACCAGACAUCGCCAAUCUCCAACGGAACAGUUGCUCCAUGGUUCCCCAAAAGCUUGGUGUCCAUCGUCGAGAGGAACAUAAAGGGCAUGAGGACGCCCGUUACAUAUUUGAACAUCACCCACCUCUCAGAGCUCCGGAUCGAUGCGCACCCAUCAGUUUACACCGUCACUAGGGAUGGGAAACCACUGAACAUGGAGCAACGGCAACAACCGAUCACAUACGCUGACUGCAGCCACUGGUGCCUACCGGGGCUACCAGAUACCUGGAAUGUGCUUUUGCUUGCAUCCUUGAUGACACAUCCCUCUAAUGUACAAUUCCUAGGAUGA